UAUGAAUAUAAAUAAUUAUGAGUAUCCUAAGCCUCCCACGGAGAGGCCAAGCAAUGUAAAUGCAUCUGAUAGUGAAAAUGUUAUGCCAAAUGUGGCACCAGUUCCUCACAUCCCUCCUCCAGGUGGUAGUGCUAAACGACAGUCUCCAAUGCCACCUCCACCACCAGUAACAACAAACCAUUCGGUUUCCAUUUCAUCUGUAACAGGGCCACACAACUAUAAUCAACCACCAUCCAAUAACCGAGUCCACCCUUCAGCAUCUGCUCUCCCUCCUCCUUCUUCAGCUUCAUUAGUUACUAAUGCUCCUCCCAUGAAUUUUUCAACAUCCUCAUCCAAUCCUUUCAAAAAUGUAGGGGCAUUUUCACAUAAGAAUGUUACGAAGGUUGCUCAUAACAACUCACUUCCCCAUGCAAAUGCACCAUCCAUACCAUCUAGUACUGGUUUGACGUCACCUGCAGUCGUGAGUAAGAUAACCCAACAGGACAGAAUGCCUGUGGGUUUUGGUGCUAACUUAGAAACAACACCUGACAACUCAGAGAGGCCAGAUCAACCUCCACCAACAGCUUACAGAUCAUCCUCUUCACUUCCCCAGCAAGUGCCUGAAAAUCUAGAGGUGGCUCCACAGAAUGAUAGAAAUGAAUAUUUGCAAACAGCACAUUUGUCUGGCAGUGAUUAUGGAGAGAAUACUGAUUUCAGUCGACCUCCACCACCCGGCCCCCGAAGAAUGGGAGUGGGCCAACAAGAAGUCGAAUACAAUCAAAACUUAAAUAUGUCUGGGGAAGAACCUCCACCGGGCUUAGCCCGCAUGGUGCCAGGUCAACAGAAUGAGUCAGAUAAUGCUUAUAAUCAAACAAGUGAAGUGUAUAUGGAUCGUCAUAUUGAUGGUCAACCUACUGACAACAUAGGAAGACCGUAUAGACGGGCCGACGGUCAGCAGACGCCAGAUAAUUAUGCGCAACCUGCGCCUGGUCGAGGAAACGACAGAAGGCCAGUUGGAUUAGACAGGAUGGUUCCCGGGGAACCCAGUAACGAUGAUUAUUCACAGUUUUCAAAUACAAACUAUGGUGCCACUAAUGAACAACGAGUUGUUACUGGUCUCGAUAACAAUUUCCCAAAUUUACCAGAUGUCGGCCUAUCAGAAGUGCGAGAGCAAAAUGUAGAUGGAUCUGAUUAUACCGAAUCAAAUCUAAGGAGCACUUCUCGAAAUGUGAUCGGGGCGCGUGAAGCCAGCAACGCUACAUCCCCCGACUACAGCGUCUCGGUAGAUGACCAGCAGAGGGAAAUAACGAUGGAGGGUGAAAAUUUACAAGACUUGAGUGUCGUGUCGUCGGCCGACAUGUCGUUCAGAGAGCACCCGUACGAUAGCACUAAUGUAAACGUCGAGACAGGUCUGGAAAGGAAUGAUGCGGCUAUCUCCAUGGAGUUCGCGUCUAAUAAUUCCCGCAGACAAUCAAUUAAUCGCACUUCAGGGGAGGACACAGAGGGCGACAGGUAUAAGGCGUCGCCGCGUAAAGACAGGGACAAACAUAAAGCCUCGAGCCGCGACAAGGAGAGAAACAAGGACGGCAGAUACCCUCGAGACGAUCGAAAAUACGAACGAGAACCCGAACGACGUUCGGCGAGAGACGACCGGCGCCCGGAGAGGGACAGGAGGGACAAGGACAGGGAGAGGGUCCGGAGGGACGAGAGGGACGAGAGCCCGGAUGCGCGCCGUCACCGCCGCAGCACACGCAGCCAUCGCUACGAGACCGAGGACACGGACUACUAUAGCGAUAGGGAGAGAGAGCGCAGGAGAUACCGCGAAGGCUCGCAUGCGUCGAAGCCGCCGCGCGGCGACGACAAUGAGCGGCGCUACGAGGAGCGCGAGCGUAGCAAGCGCUACGGCACGCUGGAGCGCGACCGCCGCUACGACGAGGAGCGCCGCAGCCGCCGCUACGAGCGCCGCUACCGGGACAUCGACCCCACCAGGAAGCACGGCACCGUGCGCCGCGAGCGGGACGAGGACGACAGGAGGCGAGUCGUGACAUUUUCGGGCGACGCUAAGUCGGAGUCCAGCAAAGGUGGAGACAACUAUUCGUCCGGAUCGCGCGCGGGCUCGCGAGAGGCGACCGCUACUGACGAGGAUGCAGACGAGCCGAGACGCCGGCACCGGGAGGAGAGACGGCGGCACAGGACCAGACCCGAUCCUUAUUAUGACGUGGCGGAGUACGGCGCGGCGUACGGCGGCGCGGACCCGUACGCGGCGCAGCGCCAGCAGUACGAGUACUACGAGCGGCUGCGGCGCACCGACCCGGCCGCCUACAUGCGCCUCUACAAGCAGAUCAUGGCGGGCGCCGUGCCCGCCGUACCCGCCGUGCCCGCCGUGCCGGGACAGCCGCAUUACAGAUACCCAGGCUACCCGGGUGCGGGCGGGUACGACGCGCGCGGCGACGAGCGCGCCAGCGUGCACUCGGGCCGCUCCAGCGCCAACCCCCUCAAGGGACACGACGGGUACUACGGCGCGGGGUCGCUGCGGGCGCCGCUCUCGCUGCGGACAGAUUUCUCUGACAGGGAUCUGACGACGGACGCGUCGCUGAACCUGCAGCUGGAGGAGUCCACGGUGCGCUCCGAGCGGAUGACGCCCUUCAAGUACUCCACUGCGCAUAUCAAGGGCACGCUGGGCGCGGGCGCGCUGGUGCUGGUGCGCGCGGCCUGGCCGGCGGACGGGCGGCCCGCGCCGCUGCGCGUGCUGCCGCUCGCCGCGCUGCUGCACGCCGACCCCGCCGCGCUGCGCCUGCGCGCCUUCCCCGGCCCGCUGCUCAGAGGUGUGACCCACAAGAAGAGCGUGAUAGACUACUGCACGAGCCGCUUGCGGGCGGCGGCGCGCAGCGAGGAGGCGCGGCCCGACCCCACGGGCUACGCGCUGCUGUGGGACCUGCUCGCGCUGCUGCUGCGCCAGAACGGGGUGGUGAUGGGGUCUGACAUCGCGGAGCUGCUGAUGAAGAACACGAAGGAGUACGAAUACAAGCCGCCCUCCGUCGCCAGCGGACCCUCUGACUCUCGCGUAGCCUCAUCCGCGAGUUUGCACUGCGACGACGACGCGACAAACGCCGAGACUGCAGACCCUGCACUGGUAACUGACGCAGUGGCGGCACCGGACACUGUGGUGGAUGAAAAGCAAGCGGUGGACCGCUACAGAGAGUUGCUGCUGUAUGGAAACCAGCAGGAGGCGCUCGAGUGGGCAAUGAGCACGGGGCAGUGGGGCCACGCGCUGGCGCUGGCCGCCGGCGGCGAGCGGCGCAUGCGGGCCGCCGUGCUGGCGCGCUGGCUGCGCUCCCUGCCCGCCGCCGACCCGCUGCACACGCUCUACGCGGCGCGCCACGCGCGCACCCCGCCCGCCGCCACCGGCGUGGCGGACGCGCGCUGGGCCGACUGGCGCGCGCACGCCGCCGUGCUGCUCGCCAACCCCGCGCACGCGCCGCACGACCGCCGCACGCUCACGCAGCUCGGCGACUCGCUAGCGUCCCGCGGGCUGAUAUUCUCGGCGCAGUUCUGCUACCUGACCGCGGGGGUCUCGUUCGAGGCGCACCCGCUGGCGCCGCUGGGCGAGUCCCGCGGCGGGGCGGCGCCGCGCCUGUCGCUGCUGCUGGCGGACGGCAAGGCGCCCACGCUGGGGCGCUUCGCCACCGACACGGCGAUAUUCGCCACCGAGAUAUACGAGUACGCCGUGUCGCUCAACCAGGAGUACGUCAUCCACGACUUGCAAGUGUACAAGGUGGUGGCGGCGGCGCGGCUGGCGGCGGCGGGCGAGUGCGAGCGCGCGCUGCGCUACUGCGAGGCGGCCGCGCGCGGCGUGGCGGACGCGCGCUGGGCCGACUGGCGCGCGCACGCCGCCGUGCUGCUCGCCAACCCCGCGCACGCGCCGCACGACCGCCGCACGCUCACGCAGCUCGGCGACUCGCUAGCGUCCCGCGGGCUGAUAUUCUCGGCGCAGUUCUGCUACCUGACCGCGGGGGUCUCGUUCGAGGCGCACCCGCUGGCGCCGCUGGGCGAGUCCCGCGGCGGGGCGGCGCCGCGCCUGUCGCUGCUGCUGGCGGACGGCAAGGCGCCCACGCUGGGGCGCUUCGCCACCGACACGGCGAUAUUCGCCACCGAGAUAUACGAGUACGCCGUGUCGCUCAACCAGGAGUACGUCAUCCACGACUUGCAAGUGUACAAGCUGGUGGCGGCGGCGCGGCUGGCGGCGGCGGGCGAGUGCGAGCGCGCGCUGCGCUACUGCGAGGCGGCCGCGCGCGCCGCCGCGCUGCACGCGCUCGCCGACCGUUUGAAGUACUUCGACCCGGCGCUGCAGGGCGAGGGCGAGGGCGAGGGGGCGGAGGGCGAGGCGGGCGAGGGCGCGGCGGAGGGGGGCAGCCCGCUCGAGACGCCGCGCUGGAUACAGGACCUACAGAACUUGGCGCUCACCACCGUCCAACAGGUGGGCAGCCCGCAGCCCGCGCCGCCGCAGCCCGCCGCGCCCGACCCGCAGCCGGCCUACGCGUGGGGGGACCAGACUUUACAACCGCAAACAUACGCUCCGCAAGAGAGCACCGACUACAACGCCUUCUACCCGCAAGUUCCUCAAGUGCCGGCCGCUGACACCGCUGAUAAUCAGCCCGCUUACAUCGACAGUCAGCCCGUGUACGCUGAACCGCAACCCAGCUACGCGGAAACGCCAGGGUUCGCUGACAAUCAGCAACCAGCAUACAAUACUGACAACCGGCAGGCCUACAGCUCCGAUUGGCAGACUGAGGACCCGCAGUACGCCGACCCGUACUGGCAGCCCGACUCGCAGUACGGAUAUGGCGAGGGUCAGAACGGCGGGGAGGAGCCGCGCGGCAUCACGAUGCCGGGCGCGUCGUCCCGCCCCGCGCUCUACAACGACUUCGACGACGAGCGCAGCGCCGACGCCGAUCAAAACGAGCGCGAGCGCGAGUCAGCUUCGGGCGGCAAGGGCGGCGAGGGCGGCAAGGGCGGGGCGGGCGAGAAAGGCGAGCGAGACGGCAAGAAGGGCGGCAGCGGGUGGCUGGGCGGCAUCCUCACCAAGCUGUCGCUGCGCGCGCCCAACCAGAUGAUCCUGCCCGACGACAAGAACCCCUCGAUCGUGUGGGACGAGGCGACGAAGCGCUGGGUGAACCGCGAGGCGGGCGCGGAGCCCGACGCGCCGGCGCCGCCGCCGCCGCCCAAGGCCAUUCCGACCACAUCGACGCCGCUGCAGUCCCCGGGCGGCUCGGGGCUGGUGCCCGGUGUGCCCGGGGCAGCCGGGGGCAACAUGCUCAGGAUGCAGAGGGGCAGGAACAUAAAGAAAUCGUACGUGGACGUGUUCAACCCGGGCGGUGGGGGCUCCGCCCCCGCGGCCCCCGCCCCCUUGGCCCCGCUGGCCCCGGGCCCCGCCCCCAACGCCACCCCCGCUUACUUUGUGCCGCCGCCCGUCAACCAGAGCGGGAUCUACGACCCGACUCAGAUGGGUGAACCGGAGCGCAGCGCCAUCUAGUGACGUCACAUGAUGCGUCAUCAUAUCGCUGCAUCUCACUUAUACACACACACACGUACUCUCACACACUCACACCCAUACACACACACUCACACACACUCACUUGCUCUUUGUACAGAUGUAUAGCAUUUUGUAAAGUAGAAGUUUAUGCUACAAUAAUGUGUCUACGGUGAGAGAUGGUUUAUAAUUAAUGGUCACAAGGAAAAUAAAAUGAAAGAAAUGAAUAGACAAUUAAUUAUCAACGUAAUAACACGUAAUGAUGCACAGCGCUGUCAUUCAGUGACUCCCAUGUGAACCAACACCUCUCACUGAAGAGACCCUAUAUCAAACUAUAUAUACUUAUGUGAUUUUGGUAGAAAUAUUGGAUUCUUUCAGAAUACAACCACUAUUCACUUCCGUUACUCAAUGUUAAAGUUCCUACACUGAACUCUAUAGUUUUUCAUCCUAUUCAAUAUAAAUGAAAUGCAGUUGUGUGAUCUUGCUCUAUGAUUUAGACGCGUAUUUCUUUUCUACUUGGAACUUUUCAGUCACACUUCAUACUGCGAUAGAAUAUGGAUUAUAUCUCACAACAUUCCGCUUCUCUUGACUAUUUCUGGUUCUUUUGUUAUCAUAAAAAAGACAAUGACAGCGUAUAAUAUAUAAGUGUAGUUUUAAAAUAUCAACGAUAAUGUAAAUGAAAUACGUUAAAAUUAAUUAAAGACAAUAGACGAGCUAGUAAUGAAAGUAUAUUUCCAUAAAUAUAAUGGAAUAUUACAGCAAUUGUAAUUCAUCUCGGUCAAAGUUUCCAUUCUGUCGGUUAUUCAGUUCAAUCUAUCCUUAAUUACUCAAUGUAACAUCGUAGAAAAUUUGUUUUGAGUGGUAAAAUGUAAAUUAACAACUAAAAAUCUAUUUCCUGACAAUAUGUUGAGCGAUAAGAGAUGGAUUGAAUUUAUUGACCAGACUCGUGAACAAAAUGGCGUUGCGUGUGAAGGUUAACAAUUAGCCACAAGUAAGGUACGGUAAGGCGUAGUUUAUACAUUUUGUACUGUCCGAAGGUGCCGCGUUGUACACACUUGGCAACUAAAACGUUUAGUUGUGAUAUAGUAACGAAAGGGUCGACGUUAUAUCGACAUCAGCCCGGUCUCUGCUACCUAUCAAACCUCUCGGUUAGUCGCCAAAUUUGACGAAUCUUUGUGUACAAACAACACCCUCGAGUCGCUCUUUGAGAGAUUUCAGAUAGUUGGGAACCGGGCAAUAGUUUGCUCAUAGAAUACCGUGUAUUAUAUUAUUUAUCAAAGCUUGCUAGACGGAAUUAGAAUAAAUUUGUGAUUUUGUGAAACAAUUAGUAUUAUAUUAUUAUUCGAUUUUAAUAACAUUGAUGCGACUGGGGAAUCGAUUCGCGAAUUGACAAAUUGAAUAGUUUGUGUUCUGUAUCCAUUUCUGAAGCUUCAUCAAUGUUUGUUAUUCAAUGGGAAUGAAAUUUAAUGAUUUAUUAAUGGGCAAUAAUGAUUUUAUAUAUAUACAUAUAAGGUGCAGUUUCCAUCGUUAAUGAAUGUCAUAGCAGUUUUAUUAUCGUGUAUAAAUUAGCGAGGUGUACAGACAAUGGUUUUAUAUGUAAAGUAAGAGGGAUGUAUAUUUGCCGCGAGGUGACGGAGCUCGGCGACGUAGGAAGUAAUCUGUAUAUGAUGAGCGGACUCGCUAUGUAUUCCAAUUCAGAAUGUAUUAUAAUGAUUCAAUAUUAUCAAUAUAUUUAAAUAAAUUGUUUACGUUAA